AAUUGGUUCUUUGGCUCUUGCGAGACACCGUCGUUUCAAACCCUGAGCGUUUUCUCGUUGAGUUUGCUUCUAGCUUGCUAAGUGUUUCCAAGUAGCUUCUUAAUCUUUGACUUGACUUAUUUUUAGCUGGUGAUUAAAGCGUCGUUGGAGGGUAUUCACUGUGUUCCUGUAGCUACCAAGAACUGUGUAAAUCCACUAUGACCAGAGGCUGCCCUAGCUAGAUCAGGAUUAGCUCUAGACAGUACUAGACCGCUACUCGGCUCUUGAGCGUCAUUGCCAAGUUGGCUAGCUUGUAACUUAGUGAACACAAACUGCAGGGUUCUUACAACAUACCUAGGUGUUAACUUUUUUUUUACACACACAACAUGUCAUAUCGGAGGACAGUCAAACUCGUGUGUGGGUUCGCUGGAGGAUCAGCGGUGCUGUUGGUCGCCGCUGCAGCAGCUGAAUCCCAUGGCUAUUUCAGUGAGAAGCAAGGAGACCGAGCUCGUCAGUGGUUUCGGUUCAAUGUUCUCCAAGCUGCCCAGCCAGCGACAUGGUCAGCGGGAAAACACACUGUUGCAUCCACUGGGCAUGCCUGGGACUUCAACUGGGAUAAGCGGGAUCCGUCCACACUGCAGACAAAUGGGAAGAAAGAGAAUACUAGUGAAGAUCCGAGCACAGAGCAGGAGAAUGGCAAACCCAAAGCCACGCGCCACAUCCUCCUCAUCAGACACUCCCAGUAUAACCUGAGCGGGAAUGGAGACCACGAGAGAGUCCUUACCCAUUUAGGUCGGGAGCAGGCAGAGUUAACUGGUCAACGUUUGGCCGCCCUGGGGCUGAAGUAUGACAUCUUGAUCCACUCCACUAUGGCCAGGGCUACAGAGACAGCUAAAAUCAUCAGCAAGUACAUUCCAGGGGUGGAGCUGGUUAGCUGUGAUUUGCUGAGAGAAGGAGCACCCAUUGAACCCGUGCCUCCUGUCACCCACUGGAAGCCUGACGCUGUGCAGUACCACGAGGACGGAGCUCGGAUUGAGGCUGCCUUCCGCCGCUAUAUUCACCGGGCUGACCCCAAGCAGAAGGAGGACAGCUAUGAGAUUAUCGUCUGUCAUGCCAAUGUCAUCCGCUAUUUUGUGUGCAGGGCUCUGCAGUUUCCCCCGGAGGGCUGGCUAAGGAUGGGCCUGAACAACGGCAGUAUUACCUGGCUCACAGUGCGCCCCAGUGGCAGGGUGGCUCUGAGGACCCUGGGAGACUCCGGGUUUAUGCCACCAGACAAACUCACACGGACCUGACCACAUUGUACUUAACUGUAUUCAGGGGUUCUUUCUCGGACAGGUUCAGAUGUCGGUCGCAGGGUGAACCGAAUUGCUCUUGACUUCUCCGUAAGUGUCUUGAAAGUAACUUUCUGUGUUUUGUAACUUCCAUGUGAGAAAAUAUAUCCACUUUUGUUGUUGUUGCGAUCAACCCCCCUGUGCCAUUAUUCGCCAACUACAGUGUGAAAGGGGAGCAUAGCAUCGUUCCUUCAACUGAGAAGUAGGUCUCAGUGAAUUAACUGCCGUAACAAAGCACUUACCUCAGAAAGCUACCCAUCCGAUGAAGGCUGCCACUGCCCACUCAUUUUGAAUGUCAACAUUAACAUUUCAAAGACCAAGUGACAGAAGGAUUUGUAAUCCAGAAACCUUCAAAAUGUGUAUGGCUUUUUUAAUGUAUUGCUGUGAAUGCUUAUCAUGCUCAGUCUUUUGUAUUUUGACCAAGGCUUCAUCUGAGGUUUGGAUGUAGUUGUGUUCAGUGGAAACAUGCAAUAAAGGAGACAUGUUAUUGUAAA